AUGGUGCAGUUCCGGGAAAAGGGCUCGCCGCUGCCGGACCCAGACUCGCAGCUGUAUCGGGCGUUUGCCGGCGCGCACCCUGGGAUUGUUGUGCGUCACGAAUAUCACGGGACGGUUGGUGCGCUCAAGGCAUAUUCGAUGCCCAGACUUCAGGGCGAUACCGUUGUCGAGGCGUGGAGAUCUUUUGAACUGGAACCGGAUAGGCGGUUGGUUCUUGCAGAGGAUCUAGCAAAGUUCUAUGUAAGGUCCCUACAAGUCGCACGGGACUCUAUCAACAUAGGACCCGAAGAGCGCGGUCCCAUUGCUCGUACGUGCCUAGGCAGACUGGAUAAUCUUCGCAAUACACUCCCCGAUCGCUUCCAGCCCGCCGUUGAAUACGUGCAGAACCACAUGGACGCGUUCUUCGAUCCAGACACCAGCUCUGCGUUGGUCCCCAUCCACGGCGACCUGAGCCUGCUAAACAUACUCGUAAACCAAGACACGGGUAACCUCACGGGCGUCAUUGACACGGCCGAGUUGAGCGUUCUGCCCUUCGGGUUCGACUUCUACGCUAUGGACAACAUUGUCGGCGAAAGGAGCCCGGAAGGGUGGAUAGAGCACGAUAAUGCGCUGGAGGUGAGGGACCACUUCUAG